AUGUUGAACAUUCACUUGGCACUGACCGCCAUGUGCCUGGUGCUGUGCGGAGCCGUCCAGGCCGGAGAAAGCCAUCCAUGCAGUCGCACUGGAUUCGUUGCGCUCGUGGAUAAUGCGCAGGAGUACUUUGCCUGCGAACCAACACCCAAUGGUGGUUACUCAUUGAGGCGUUUGAGGUGCCAGGACAAUAUGAGCUUCAGCUCGGAGCUGGCAAAAUGUGUUGAGCGGGCGCGGGAUGCUGUCGCAGCUGAUGGCAGCGACAUUGAAAAUCCCACAAUACCGCCAGGCAAUUUUGACGAUUCCACUGAGGGCCCUGAUCCAACUGACGCGCCCGGUUCCACCAAGGAGCCCGAGCCAACUGAUGCGCCCGGUUCCACUAAGGAGCCAGAGCCAACUGAUGCGCCCGGUUCCACUAAGGAGCCAGAGCCAACUGAUGCGCCCGGUUCCACCAAGGAGCCCGAGCCAACUAAUGCGCCCGGUUCCACCAAGGAGCCAGAGCCAACUGAUGCGCCCGGUUCCACUAAGGAGCCUGAACCAACUGAUGCGCCCGGUUCCACCAAGGAGCCUGAACCAACUGAUGCGCCCGGUUCCACCAAGGAGCCAGAGCCAACUGAUGCGCCCGGUUCCACCAAGGAGCCAGAGCCAACUGAUGCUCCCGGUUCCACUAAGGAGCCUGAACCAACUGAUGCGCCCGGUUCCACCAAGGAGCCAGAGCCAACUGAUGCUCCCGGUUCCACUGAGGAGCCUGUACCAACUGAUGGGCCCGGUUCCACUAAGGAGCCUGAGCCAACUGAUGCGCCCGGUUCCACCAAGGAGCCUGAAACAACUGAUGCGCCCGGUUCCACCAAGGAGCCUGAAACAACUGAUGCGCCCGGUUCUACCAAGGAUUCUGAUGAGUCCACCACCGAACAACCUGGAACGAGCACCACAGUAAAGGAAGUUUGCGCAACAACAGGCUUUCUGCCCAAGAAUGGAAACUGUUAUCAAUAUGUAAUAUGCUACGAGGACGACGAGGGGGACUUAAUUGCCUUAACCCAAGACUGCCCAGAAGGGAUGCAGUUCAAUCCCGAUUCGAGGUACUGCGAGCUGGGCUACGAUUGCACCAACCCAACAACUCCGCAGCAGUGA